GAUUGAUUACACUAGCUGUUACGCUUAAAGUCGAGCAAAUUUCGCCGUAAAAUGUCACGGAAAGAAACAAAACAUCUGCAAGGUGUUGCCGACAUUUUAGAAAUUUCUCGAUUUAGCUGCCCGGUGAAAAGUUUUGUUCAAUUUUCCGAGUGAAAAAUCUUCCUAUCGUCACUCAAUUGUCCACUAUUCCCUCAACAAGGCUCCACAGCAAAUAAUUAGGAAUUAUGGCUUGCCCAAUUGGUCCGGAAGAGAUCAAGAAGCUAAAGAUGUUUAUUGGCUUCUGCUCUCAGAAGCCAGAAAUCAUAAAUAUGCCUCAGUUGAGCUUCUUCAAGGAGUUUAUUGAGCAAUUAGGUGGAAAAGUCCCGGAAGGAAUGCCCACAGGUAGUUUUCCCACUGAGGCUGAAGCUCCAAAGCCAGAACCUACUCAGACAAAGCCAACGCCAGCUCCUGAGAGUCCUCCAGUUCAAGAGGAAGAGAGUGAACCAGAGUCUGAUGUGGAGAUCGAUAGGGAGGGUUGUGUAGAGCCUGAUACGGAUGAACCGCAAGAAAUGGGAGAUGCUGGAAAGGAGCCCACAGAUGAUGAUUUCGAGAAGGCCAGUGAAUGUAGAUCUCAGGCUGCUGCAGCGUACAGUGAGCAGAAGUACGAUGAAGCAAUUGAUCUCUACACCCAGGCCAUUCUCCUCAAUCCCGGCAAUGCUCUGUUCUAUGCCAAGCGUGGCCAGGCCUUUCUUAAGCUCGUGAAGCCCAAUGCAUGCAUCCGUGAUUGCAACAGGGCGCUUCAGCUAAACUGUGACUCGGCUGCUGCUUACAAAUUCCGCGGCAGAGCUAAUAGGCUGCUGGGCAAUUGGGAGGAUGCAGCCAUGGAUCUCCGACAGGCCUGCAAAAUUGAUUAUGACGAAGAGGCCGACGAGUGGCUGCGUGAGGUGACACCCAAUGCCAAGAAACUGGAACAACACCGGAUUAAGCAAGAGCGCAGGAAGGCAGAAAAAGAGGUAAGGGCUCGCCAGGAGCGCGUACGACGGGCCCAGGAGGCCAAUAGGCGAGCUGCUGAGGAGAACAAGAACCGCAAUGAUGACAUGGGAGGUGAUGGGUAUCCCGGUGGCGGUGCUGGUGGCUUCUCCUUCAACGAGAGCGACAUCUUUUCGGCAUUUAAAGAUCCCGAAGUGGCAGCUGCUCUGCAGGACAUUAUGGCCAAUCCAGCAAAUAUCGUCAAGUAUCAGAACAAUCCUAAGAUUCUCGCGUUGUUGGAAAAGCUGGGCGCAACCCAAGGUGCAGCCGGUGGUAUGCCGGGCUUCAUGGGUGGCGGCUUCCCGGGUGGUUUUCCAGGUGCUGGAGGUGCCGGAAGUGCUCCUAGUGGCGAAAGUACAAAGCCACCACCUAAGACAGACCUCAAUGAUGAUGGAUUGGAUUAGGAGGUACAACAUUUGAUAGAAUGAGAGAGAGAGAGAGCUAUUCCAGCCACCUACGAAAAGCGACUUUUUUACACUUACUACUCCCAAAAAAAAAAAUUAAAAAAAAAAGAUUGUAAAUUAGACUGUAAGGAGGGUUCUCUGUUGAUGAAUUCGCAAGGCAAAUAAUGUAGCAAUGCAUUGAUAUCAAUUGCUAGUUAUCGAUUUAUCAUGCUAUUGUCACUCUAUGGAUUAAUUGAAUUAAAAAUAUAAUUAUUGCUCCAUCUCGCCACGGUGCCUCGUGAGAAGAGCAGGUCAAACAA